AAAAAGUCAUUUUUAAUCCGUGCUUUGCCCUAGCUCCUCGUUAGUAACAACUUAGCAGUGUGAUCAUAAAAUUUUGCAAAUAAUAUGGAUUGUUCUACUUUAUAACCGAGAAUAAAACGUAGUAAUAAUGGAAGAGGAUGAUCCGGUAGUACAAGAGAUACCAGUAUACUUAUCGCAGGCCCUGGCUGAAAAUUUGUACAUAUACCAAUAUCCCGUGAGACCAGCUAAUCGGGACUGGAAGAACGUCCAAGUGGUGAAUGCAUCAAUCAAGCCUAAAAACAAAUUAGUUCGACUUGAAGUCGGUUUAGACACCACAAGCGACAAGUUUAGCGAUUCAAAAGGCGAGCAGAUAGCUAUUAACACAGAUGGAUAUCAGGAAUCAAUUCGGCAUGUUAAAGACAAGGAUAAAUCGCAGUAUUUUAGAAACGGAAUCAUGGAUAAAAUAGUGUAUGAGAGCAGUACACCAUGCACAGAAACAAAGCACUAUGCGGUGGCCAUAUUACAGGACAAAGAGAUACACUGUACUCCCAUACAAGGUAUCGUACAAAUGAGGCCAUCAUAUUCUUAUUAUGAUAAACAAGAUAAAAAUAAGCAUGAUAAAAAUAAAGCAGAGGAUUCAGAUGAAGAAGAAAAAGAACCGGAAGCUCAACAGGUGACAGUGAAGUUUGCUCGUCAAGAGACAGAGGUUGCUAAGAAGGCGCGGGAGAAGUCGUAUGAAGCGCUUAGCCACAAGGUAUUAGGAGAACCAUGGUAUGACGCUAUGUGGAGACAUUCAGACAGCGAUCAGGCAGAUUUGGAGCGCCUGAAGCUGUUUAGCGCGAACACAUCAGGCGGGUCGUCGCUCGGGCUGCGCCCCCGCGAGUACGUGCGCGCGCUGGUGCCGCCGCCGCCCGCCGACGAGGCCGGCGUCGCGGCCGCCGGGACUCCGCCCCUGGGGGAACAGAUACGGGAACUGCUUAUCAACGCAAAAAUGCUCACAUUCGCGGACAUCCGCGCCCUGAUCCGCACCCCGGAAGGCCCCCCGAGCGAGGCGAGCCUCGUGUCGGCGCUGAGUGCGCACGCGCAGUGCGUGCGGGGGCUGUGGCUGCCGCGCUCCAGCGACGUGUUCGCGAGGCCCGCCAGCGUGCCGCAGCGCGCGCUGUGCGCCGCCCGCGACCACGUGCUGUACCUGUUCACCCAACUGCCGUACGUGGAUCGGCGGAAGGUCGCCGCGGCCGUACGUCUCCCACCUCGAGAAGUCACCGAAGUCCUCAGUUCUGUGGCCAAAUACAACCCCGCCAACGGCUGGGAGUUACUCUUACCCCCAGACCUCGCCUUCGAAGCGAAAUACCCAGACGUAAUGCAACGUCAAAACCUACAUUGGGAAGCGAGGCAGCGGCUGUUCAACGAAAUGCACAUAGGCGAAAACGUUCCCAAGCGACAACGCAAGAAAUCACAACGGGAGUCGGUCAGCUCGGAUACUAUGAUGAGCCCGAAACAAAGGUGUAACAGUGUUAGUGAAGAAGACAGUGCUAAAAGACAUAAGAAUAAGAGUGCGUCGGGCAGUAAACGGACACGGAACGCCAGUUCCAGCAGUGCGCAGGAUAUUUAAGAGAUAGUUAGGUGAACAAAUUGAAGUGGAUUAGUCAAUGCUUCUGUUGGUGAGUGAAUGAAAUGAAUUUUUGCCACUGACGUUUUUAAUAUAUAUGUACCCUGGACUCAAUUUUAUGUAUACAAUGACAGCAACCGACGAAGUUUGUAUCGCACGAUAAACUAUUCCUGCCCCGUUUCACGACAUAAUAAAAAGCGAAACAGCGAUAGUUUUGGCAGCAAUAAGCAGUAUAAUUUUUCCUCACGUAGAUCUAUGAUCUCGUCAAUAUCAACUCAAUCAGUGACAAAAUGACAAAAAUCAUAAUAAAACAUCUCCAAUUUGAAGUCCUCUAAAUUAUUGAAGUUGAGUUGAGAACACUUGUUAACUGUUCAAUGUAUCUCUCUCUCUCUCUCUCAUCAGAAAAAAACAAGAACCGCAGGUUUUAAAAAAUGUUUUAAGAAAUUUGUAAACUUUCGUUAGAUUGCAAUAAUAAAGGUCUAAUUCUAU